AUGUCGAAGCUCCACCGUGCUCUCGAGAGCCUCCGCCCAAAGAAGUUCGAGGACAUACCCACGGAUGAUUUGAAACCUUUCCUUUCAGAUAUCUUUACCCAAGCCGAACUCAUAGCAAACUCUGUCCCACCACCUCCUAAUGGCACACCUUACGAGUCCGCUCAACGUACUAGGACAAACCCUAAGAGUGCCACUUCUCUCGCCGACCUCACAAUCUCGCAAGUGCGCAGACCAUCGGUGCUUUCAGAACAUGAAGAAUUACGGAAAGCAUGGGGAAAGCCCUUGAAAUUCUCUGGCAACGACGCUGCGCUCGGGAUAUCAGUCUUCAAGAUGGCCGGCCACGACAGACACGGGGCAUGGUUUGCUAGAUCCAGUGUACAUGAAGGCUUGGGCUUCCAGAAAUGGAAGAGAGCUAUGAUGCGGGAAUUUGCCGAGAGUUUAGAGGUUCAGGGCGGGCCAGGGGAAGGCAACGUGAGAGGCAUAGGAGGCGAUAAGAGAGUGGAAGAGAUAGAUGUGCCCGGAGUGGGAAAACUGGAGGUGUACCAGCUAUCCGCUCAAUUCCCCGGGCCAACCGCACCCCGAGAAUUCGUUACGCUCUUACUCACUUCCGACAAUGCGCUUUCCGAUGCCUCGAAAGUAGGUGAUACGAUCCCUAGGCAUUACAUGAUAGUGUCAAUCCCGGUCACUCAUCCUGAGAUACAACCGCGAGAAGGCUUUCUGCUGGGACAAUACGAGUCCGUUGAGCUGGUCCGGGAAAUCCCUCUGCCCCCGACUGACGGCGCUGAGAAGGCGGAUCCCGAAACCAACCCGGUAGAAUGGAUUAUGAUCACACGAAGCGACCCUGGUGGCAGCAUACCGCGAUUCAUGGUCGAGCGGAAUACACCCCCCAGUAUUGUUCAAGAUGCCGGAAAGUUCCUGGAAUGGGCAUGCAGUAGGGAGGAUGUGCUCCGUGAGGAGUCAUUGGAGGUUGAAGAAGACAGACGCCGGCCAAGUAUGGAGUCUCAGCGUGCAUUGUCUAUUGUGGAAGGAAAGGGCGUUCUGGCUGGAGUGGGAACCAGCAUCGCGGAUAACCCCAGACAUGCCUCGUUCCGACGACCUUCUCAUAGAACAUUAGACGAGAAGGAAGAAGAGCCAGGCACUGUACACAACAUAGCGGAGAAGUUGGAAGCAUACCUCCCAGAAGCCCUUAACCCCCUUCAUCGGACGGAAUCCCAGAGCUCAGGUUCUUCGAGCUCGUCCGCUGAAUCAGACGCCUCGUUUGUUACAGUGGAGCAGUACAAAACAUCAGACGAGGGUUUCCCUGAGAAUGGAGAUGGACGGUCUCUUUCGUCAGAACAGUCACCAUCCUCAUCCGCCUUGGUCCUCGACCUCCAGGCCCGCGACAAGCAUGUACAACGCGAGCUAGAAAAACUAGAGAGGAAGAAGCAGCAAGCCCUUGAUAGGCUCCAACAAGCUCAGGAAAAACAGAGCAAGAACGCCGAGCAAGCGAGCGCGAAAACCUCAAAGGAACUCCAGAAAGCUGCUGAAAAGCACGAACGUGAGCGCAAAAAGCAGGAGGAGAAAUAUGCGAAAGAGUUGCAGAAGAUCGAGGCCAAGCGCGCUCGCGAGAGGAAGAAGCUUCUGGCUAAGCGUCAGAAGGAGGCGGACAAGAAUAACCUACUCAAGGCACAGCGCGAACGUGACGAGUGGAAGCGGAAAGCCGAGUUAGCGGAGGAAGAGAAUAAGUUACUUCAAGAGCAGAUCAAGGAGCUGCAACGGGAAAACACCGCCAUAGCUGCUGCUCUCGGCAAGUCCGAGGCGGGCCACGAUAUCCUCAAGAAGUUCAAGGAAGAGCUGAAUGGGAAGUCCAGGAAGAGAGCGAGUUCUAGGGCGAGUGCGAGCAGUAAGGCGAGUGGGAGUAUGAAGAGUAUCACGAGCGACGCUGGGCGAUCGCGGGUUGAUUCACAUGCGAAUCAGGCUUCUGACGGAUAA